CACAGCUGUAUGAGGCUGUUCAACGCAUUGGCCAGUUCCUUUUGUCUAUAAAUAUCAGUCGUUUUUGUCUCCUUUGUAGAUAGUUCAACAAGGCACUGUCUCCUUCGUACAGCCACCCACUACAGACACUGCUUUCAACGCUCCCGGAGCUCCCACUGCGUUCGGCAGGUGGGAAGGGGUGUGCCACGGCGGAAUGGUGGUGACGCUGCUGGACGAGGUCAUGGGCCAGGUGUUCGCGGCCAACCGGAUGCACGGGCGGCUGCCCGCCGACGCGCCCGCGACCAUGACGGGCUACCUCAACACCCGCUUCGAGCGGCCCGUCCGCACCGGCCGCGGCGCCGACCCGGCCGUCGUCCUGGUCUCGGCGCGGCUGCGGCGCCGCGAGCGGCGCAAGUUCUGGCUCGACGCCGACGUGAGCGGCCCCGGCGGCGAGGUCAUGGCCCGCGCCGAGGCCCUCUUUAUCAUGCUGCGGAGCAAGCUAUAAAGGCAAGAGAAGAGAAAAGAAAAAAAAAAAGUCAGAGGAACAGGGCAAUCGGGGGUUCGAGCGUUGAUUGUUUUGAAUUGUGGGAAAUACGGAUAAUUAAUUAGAGGUUAGAUGGAACGGACGGAUAGAUAGAUGUGUUAGUAUAUUAAUUAUUAGAGGAGACGGAGUUUUGCAGUUCAAAGGUUAGAAGAACUAAUACAACAUAAGCUAACUAAUAUCGCAAGAUUCGGAUUC